UCUAAUGAUUAUACUCUAUGUGGUACUUUAUCAGAUGAAACCUGACAGGGGAAGCUGCUCUCUGUGGGAAAUCUUUUCUGAAGAUUAAAAUAAAGAGAAAUAAUUGAGGUGAAUAGCAGAAUUCAUCCUGGAUUAGAUUUUUCUCUUUUUACCCAAAUCUGUCGACCAAAUGGUGUUUCCUGAGGCUUCUCUCUUUUUGACUGGUAGAACUGGGAAAAUUAAGAGAAAUUAAGGCCACUUGCCUUUAAUAUGUAGCUUAUGUACUAUAAGUUUGUCACAAGUCUGUGGUAGUUUAAUUUGGGGGGUGUUUCAAUUAAAGAGAAUACAUGGGGUGUGAUUGCCUCACAUUUGACACUUAUUGCAAACAAGGGCAAUCACUGUGGUGCAGCCUGUCAGAGCUUUUACCUUAUGAUGUUUCUAUCUGUUACUGCUGUUCUGCUCAGAGAGGGCAGCAAAGGAUUGCAGAUCUUUUGGAAUCCAAAAGGAGCUCAGAUCUGAGAUGUAAUGCUGAGGAAAAAUGUGGUUUUUUAAUAUACAAAGGAGAAAUAGGGGAGGCAUUCAGAUCAUUGGUGCUCAAAGAUACUUGAGCUUUUUGUCCUUUAAGGUGUGGGUGUAUGCAAUUAGUGGAGAUUCUGAUAAGAGAAGCGCUUAAUCACUUUGAGCUUAGGCAUUUCCUGAUAGGUGUGGAGUCCCUGCAGAAACACAAUGAGCUGCUGAGGAUUCAUCCUGAACUGGAAUAUUGUGUGAUUCAUUUGGCAUGAAGAUAAAGGCUGUACAUUUCAACAUAUAAUGAACAAAACACUGAAAUUCAUUUGUAGCACAGUGAGAUUCAUGACUGUUGUGAUAUUAGGUAUUUUCAUUAGACCUCAAGACUUUCACACUGUUAUAAGUUUGGUGGUUUCUUUUCAAUGUGCACAGAUACCAUCAGGGGCUAAAUGCUAUGAUUCAGACACUAUCCCUUUUGCCUGAAGACAGGAGUGUGUUUCCCUGGUAACACCUCAAAAUUAUGCAAAUGGAGAAAUUUAUUAAAUUACUGAUUUGUCAUGGAUCUGUGGACUUAGCAAUGAUUCUUUUUCAUCCUUUCAAUGCCUUGGCUUUCCCUGCUAGGAGUAAGAAGUUCAGUUAGCACAGAAGAACCUGCAAAGACAAUUUACUCCUGCCCAGAAGUUCAGUGCAGUGCUCCUGCAGCCAGUGUCUUACCAGCUAGAGAUGGUCCCAAAGAUGCAAAGGGUGAGCAGGUACAGAGCCAUGACCAUGUAGCAAUACUGAGAAGAAUUGAGAGACCUAUAGAGUUUCCCUGGAAAAAUGAGACAUUCAGGAAUAAAAGGAACUUUAGAACUACAAGGAGAGAGUGGAAUAAAGUAACUGAUGACUUGCAGAGACAAGUAACUGCUUUGGAAACAGAAGCACAGAUUUUGGAGGCUGAAUUAAAUAGACACAAAAAAGAGAGGACUGUGCUUCAUUCAAAUGGCAUCUGUACAAACCACAAACUGGUUUGCAGGAACCUUCCAAGAAUAUUUCUGCACCAAAGCCUCUGCAAAAACUGCACCUUAACUAGCUUCAAAUCAGCUGAGAUGUAUCAAUCAAAGGUUGCUUUCUUUCAACUUUGUGUUCACUGUCCUGGAAAAAUCUGUGGGAAAUGGAAUUCUGUAAUAACUCAGAAGGAAAUCAUGUUGUCUUACUCAUCCUACACCCUCAUAGCACUGGCUGCUUUGUUAGUGACUUGCCAUGCAUUGAGUAAAUGCCCAGAAAUUUCUGGGCUGCCUGGUAUCCCUGGAAGGAAUGGUCUGAAAGGUCUGCCUGAUUCUCUGGCCAGAAAAUUUGCUUUAGCAAAUUUGAAGCACCGGCUUUUCCAACUUGAGGCUGCACUUGCUUUGAAUGGGAAAAUAAGAAAAGUAGGAGAGAAAAUACUUGCUAGCAAUGGGAAGAAAGCUGACUUUGUGUCUGCACUGCAAUCCUGUGAAGAGGUUGGAGGAACUCUUGCAGCCCCCAAGAAUGAGGAGGAGAAUAAAGCUAUUAUGGACAUUGUGAAGCAGUAUAACCGAUAUGCUUACCUGGGCAUUAGAAAGGGGGAGACUUCAGGUCAGGUUAAGUAUUUAAAUGGCAUGCCUCUGAGUUAUAGCAACUGGCACCAGCACGAGCCCAAUGGCAAAGGGACAGAGAAAUGUGUGGAGAUGUACACUGAUGGCACCUGGAAUGACAAAACAUGCAAUAUGUACCGUCUCACAAUCUGUGAAUUUUAGAGAAUGGCCUUUCAGCCACCUCAGAGAAUGGAGAUAAUGAAGUAUCUGUGUUUCAGGUUGAUUAAAUUUCUGCAAUUUCUCUGUAUCCUAAAAUAUAAGAUGAAUCAUAUUGUGAUAAUUUUUAGCCUUAGGAAAAUGCCAAAUGUGCUAGGUGAUUACCAUGAUUAAAAUGUGCCUGAACUGA